UGCUGGAAGCGAGUAGAGAGAGGAGCACCAAACUUCUUAAAACCCCAAAAAUUCAUGUCCUCUACUGUUUCUUCUUCUUCAUCCUCUUCUCGUCAUGCCAAAGCCAGAGAGCUUGUGGGUUUUAUGACUGAAGUUCGAACAAGAGCGUAACUGGAAAUUCGAUUCAAUUGGGGGCUCUCUAUGGUUCUGAGCAAAGGUGACGAGCACAGAAGCAGCGAGAGAUCGAUGAGGAGUGAGAAAGAGAAUGAAAUACCCGACUUGGAGAAGCAGCAGAGUGAUAGCGGAGCUGAGCCUAGCUCACUUUCCAAUUCCUCAGUCGGUGAUACGGUGCCGCCGCUUCUAAACGUCGUCGUUUUGGAUGAGGCGUCUCGCGAGGUUCAUGAGCAAACCACGGCCAAUUUGUCAAGGGAGGUACCUUCUCCCAAAAAGGGUGACCUGUCGAGAACUUCCAGCUCUCAUGAACAAUGCAGAGUGUGUCAGCAGGAGAAAGAUGAAGUUUUGAUAGACCUUGGAUGUCAAUGUCGAGGUGGGCUUGCAAAAUCCCACCGAUCAUGUAUAGACACUUGGUUUCGAACCAGAGGAUCGAACAAAUGCGAGAUAUGCCAAGGGGUAGCUGCAAAUGUGCCACCUCCACAAUCCCAGCCGACUGGGAGCUACUGGGUCUGGAGAGUUGACUCAACCUAUCGGUCACAAAAUCGAGACAGGCAGGGUUGUGUUAGCCCACUUUAUGUGGCAUUUUCAAUCCUCAUUGGUGGUUUGCUGUUGGACGUGCUAAUAUCCGUUACCCUCGGUGUCUCUGCACUCCCCAUUAACAUCAUUAUAGGUAUUAUUGUGGUUCUUGGACUUGGAACUGCACUGAGACUUAUCUUGGAAUUCUUCCACCAGUGGAGUUUGAGGAGAGUUGUGCAGAGGGUGGACACAAAUGUGCCUCUUGGUUACCAUCCUGCUUUGUAGGUAAAGCUGUAAAUAAACAAGAUAUGUAGAAGUGGAACUUAAACUUUAUUGCGUGAGGUGUAUAAUUUUUACUUUGUUGUUUGUUUUGUUUAGGGCACCAUUGCUGAUUACCUCUUUCCAAUGUACCAUUUUCAAUUUUAUUAGUUGAUUUGAAAAGUUGUUAUUUCAACUGCACA